CAUCAAUGGAACCCAUAUCUCCUCAUCCUAUUGAGAAGACAAUCACUACCGAUCACUCCAGCACCGUCGACACUUCUCGCCCUUUCCGUUCUGUCAAAGAGGCAGUCGCGAUAUUCGGCGAGAGGUUUCUUGCCGGCGACCUCUGCUCUCAAAAGGCUUACACCACUCCCACAAAACCAGUCCUGCAGUUGCCACUGUCAUCAACUCCUUCAACCUUAUCAAAACCCAAACAAGUUAGACAUGAUGAACAUCCACUGGCAAAUGCAUUGAAGAAGCUAGAAGUGGAAUUGGAAGAGACCAAGAGAGAAUUGAAGCUACUGAAGGAGAAAGAAUCAGACACAGAGAUAGUAUUGGCUUCACUAAAUGCAGAGCUUCACAAGAACAUGUCUAAGAUGGCUCAGGCAGAAGCAGAUGCAGCUGGAAAGGCAGUUUCUACAAGAGCUUUAGUUGUUAGGGAGAACAGGGAAGAUGACAUCAUUGAGGAGGAAGAUGAGGAAAGGGAAAAACACCCAAUUGUGAGGAUGGAGAGAUCUCUGUGUCUAGCUAAAAUACUGAAUCUUGGGGAGAAAGAAGGUUAUAAUUACUAUGGAAUCACAAAGAAGCAAAAGAAGAAGAAGCCUAUAAUUCCUCUUGUGGGAGACAUACUAUUCUCAAGGAAGAAAGGAUCCUCCACCACCCUCCAUAACCCACUCUAUUCAUCCUCCAUUAUAUAGUGUGUGUGUGUGUGUGAGAGUAAGAGAGAGAGAGAGAGAGAGAGAAACAGAGAGUAAGAUCGGUGUCAUUAUACUGCAAUAACUCAGUUUGUGUUGAAUUUGUAAACAAGUUUAUCAAUCCAUGAUUGUCAAUU